AUGUUGUGUUCCAAAAUUGAACACCCGUCUUGCGACGUUUCUUAUCUUGCGCCUGGUAUCGCUGGCCUUGCCAUUCGUUCAAUAUGGAUUGGCUUUGGCUCGCUGUCGCCACCCAGUCCUAUGGUCAUCAACCCGGAAGGCGCCGUCCGGGAUUUUACCGAACACGUUCUCUCUGGUGAUCGCAAGAACAUGUGUACCGAACGAGAAGCGGCGAUCAUUGGCGACUGGACCAAGAAUGAUGAUUACAAGAAGAUCAUCAUGGAAGUUGUUAAAGCUCGGAUUGAUCUUCCCUGGCCAUACAACUACAAAGUCUUGGACCUACUCAGUGUCUGUCCCAUCGGACUAGCUGUAGAGCUGUUCGACAAAGUCAAGGGUCUGGCCGAAUGUGCAGCCUCCGUCGAAGGCUCAGCAGCCCUACACAAGCUUGGUAAACCCCUCGUCGAGAAGGCAGAAAAGGAGCGCACGAAGAUGGAAGAGGAAGAAGCUAAAAAGCGACACGAAGCUAUCAUGACCAUGUGGGGUGGAUUAUGGGCGAAUGACCUACCUUACAGGGCUCCUGGUGGACUCGCUCAGGCAGGAUGGGGAGGUUGGCAAUACCCUUAUCAGAUGGUUGGACCGCCAGGCGUAUCGGCUCAAGCGAAUGUAGAGUGGAAAGGGAACCCUCCGACAGGUUGGAAUCCGUACGUUUUGGCUCCUGUUCCUUUGUAUCGCGGUCCAGUGAUUGGCUGGCCAAAGAUUUGA